AUGGGACGUUUCACCUACAUCAAGCAGGCGAAGCCCACUGCCGAGUCCAGGGCCGCGGCAUUGGAGGAGGCUCCCAAGUUCGAGAGGGUUGUCUGGCACCAGGAUCCUGGUCUGAGGAAGCUCUACUUCUACGCCGUGGUUCUUUGCGUGUCUUCGGCCUCCACUGGUUAUGAUGGCAUGUUCUUCAACGGUAUCCAGAACUUCGAGUCCUGGACCAGCUUCUUCGGCUAUCCUUCCGGCAGUGAUCUCGGCCUGCUCGUCGCUCUCUACCAGAUUGGUUCCGUCGCUUCCAUCCCCUUCGUUCCCAUCAUCACCGACAACUGGGGCCGUCGCCUUUCCAUCGCCAUUGGCUUCGUUAUCAUGAUCGUCGGUGCCGUCAUGCAGGGUUCUGCUCAGGACUAUGGCACUUUCGCCGGUGGCCGUGUCCUCCUCGGUUUCGGCAACUCCUUCGCCCAGAUUGCCUCCCCCAUGCUUCUGACUGAGAUCUGCCACCCGCAGCAUCGUGCCCGUCUCACCACCGUCUACAACUGCCUCUGGAAUCUGGGUGCCCUCAUCGUCGCCUGGACUACCUUCGGCACCAACUUCAUGAACAACGAGUGGUCGUGGCGUAUUCCUGCCAUCCUUCAGGGUGCCCCCUCCUUCCUCCAGCUCCUCUUCCUGUGGUGGGUCCCUGAGUCUCCCCGUUUCCUCAUCGCCAAGGACCGCCAUGACGAGGCCCUGGCUAUCCUCGCCAAGUACCAUGCCAACGGCGAUUCCGACAACCCCACGGUUCAGUUCGAGUUCCGCGAAAUCCGUGACACCAUCAAGCUCGAGCAGGUCGCCAACACCAGCACCAAGUACGUCGACUUCUUCAAGACCAAGGGCAACCGCUACCGUCUCAUGGUCAUCAUCUCGCUCGGUAUCUUCUCCCAGUGGUCCGGCAAUGCCAUCAUUUCCAACUACACUGCCAUUCUGUACGCGAACGCCGGUAUUUCCGACUCGGUUGCUCGUCUCGGCCUGAAUGCCGGCUCGACUUCCAUGUCCAUGAUCGUCUCCAUCUCCUUCGCCUUGAUGGUUGACAGGCUCGGACGUCGCCCUACCUUCCUGCUCGCCACCGGUGGCAUGUGCGGCACCCUCGUCGUCUGGACCCUCACCUGCGGCCUGUACGAGCAGCACAACGCCCCUGGCUCCAACCACGCCUUGAUCUUCUUCAUCUGGCUGUUCCAGUUCUUCUACUCGACCGCCUGGUCCGGUCUGCUCAUCGGCUACGCCGUCGAGGUCCUGCCCUACUCUCUCCGUGCCAAGGGUCUCAUGAUCCUCAACAUCAUGAUCCAGGUCGCCCUCCUCCUCAACAACUACGCCAACCCUCUUGCUCUCGAGGCCUGGGCCGGCGACCCGGACACCGGUCUCGGUGGCAACACCUGGCGCCUGUACCUCAUCUACUCCAUCUGGGUCUUCCUUGAGCUCUGCUUCGUCUACUUCAUGUACGUCGAGACUCGUGGCCCCACCCUCGAGGAGCUCGUCAAGGUCAUCGACGGCCCCGACGCCAACGUCGCCGCCAUCGAUCUCGGCCAGGUCGAGAAGGAGCACAACCUCCAGGCCGAGGGCGAGCACACCGAGGAGACGGUUCAGACUCCUGUGAAGAAUUAA